AUGGACGCGAUUUUCGGAAAGACACGCACACCGGAGCUUUUCUCUGCCCGUAAUGGGCUUCUCAUCUCUCAACAACAUCUUGAAGAGAUUUUCGACUGCGGCAAGAUUGUGAUUGUGUCCGAUCUUCCUGAGCGCCCAGAGACAUCGCAGCUGUUGAAAUUUUUGACGGAUCUGCCCCUUAGAUAUGGGGAUCUGGAUAACCGUCGGCUGCAUUUUCGGACUCAAUAUCGACCAGCAGCGCGAUACCUCUAUUUUCAUUACUGUCUUCAAAUCUUGCGACGAGCUUGGCAGGAGAAUGCUUCAAAGAAGACCGCGCCAUAUCUGAAAGACGAAAAGGGAAAGCCCUUUUGGGGUACUCCUGGGAUGUACUUCCCAAAGAAUAUGCUUCUGGCCCUAGUCGAGGAGCUUGGCCAUGGAUAUUGUGACCUCUUAGAAGGGGCAUCAAGCCAAAAAGGGGACAACUCGUUGCUGCUGGAAGUAGCAUCUCAGCAGGUGAAACGAAGAAGGCCCUUGAAGGCUUCAGGGUUGGGGACCUGCGAUGACUCUGACGAUGAUGAAGGGAGUGCGAGUAGUGAUGACGAGUACGACGAGAAUUUUCAGUGUUGCUUUCCUUGCUGCAAUAUAUAUUCUUAGAACUGUUUUAGCUUUCUU